AUUUUAAAUACUGAUUCGUUUUAUUAAUGUUAUAUAAAGUCAACAUUCAUAGCUAAAAAAAAAAUACAUGUUCGUCGUACUUUCCUCACUGAUUGAUCAGAAUUGAGUUUCUUGCAUUGUCUAUUACUUCGCUUAGUAAAAAUGGUUCCUUUUGUUGGUACUUUUCCACCCCUAGAAGCGAACAGAUGUUUUGUUUCGGAUAAGGUGAAAGUACUUUUGAGCUAGUAAUGGUUGAACUGGUUCUUUUCCUCCUCUUUUGUUGUUGCUACUCCGAUUUGGUCACUGUUCCAGCGAGAAGCGGCAUCUGCUAUCGGGACGCGGAUUCUCCUUGCGGAUUUGUAAACAAAUCUGUUAAAAAAAACUGUUAACGAGACUUAAAAUAUUGAAUAUCAGCCUGAGAAAGCUUGGGUCAUCGUAAAAUUUGCCUUAUAACAACUAUAAUCCAGUUAAUAAACACGUUUAUCGGGUCUAAGAAGUUCAAUGCUUUGCAACCAGAAAAAAUAAACGCCAUAAUAAAAUGAUGGAAGUAAGCCAGAACGUGGAAUUAGAAGAACUGUCAAUCAUGGGAGCAAUCCCCGAGGAACUCAUUGAUAAUAACAGCCCCAGUGAAAUCGGCAAUGGAUCGGGACGAUCGUCCAGGGAAGACGAAGAUUUCAAUGAAUUGACUAAUGGCGGAGAAACAAUAGCAAUCGCCUGUCUUAAGACAACAGAUGGCUUGAAAGAAAAACGAAACGCUGGAAAUGACUUGGACGAGUUGCUGGAUAAAAUCAGUUCAAUUGUGGAUUGUCCCAAGGAUUCUUCAGUUUCUAACCCAGAGGCUGCGCCAGAACCCGAGGCGGCAUUCGUCGAAGAGCCAGCAGACGAUUGCGAUAAGGAAAAGGAAAGCAGCCCUGUGGUCGAAAAGGAAAACACAGCUGACACAAAAGAAGAAGGCAAAAAAGCCGGAGCGGGUGAAAGCAGCGUGACGCGCGAAUCGGAGAAAACUGAAGCUAAAGCUAGUGCGAAAGAGAUCGAAUAUAAUGUGAAAGCAAAGGAGGAUUUUGAAGAGCCCAAGAACUCCGCUGAAGCUGAAAGCUAUGUGGAAAAAGUGGUAGACAACAAAGAAGAUUCCGAGACAGGGGAGGAAAUUAAAGAAGAAGCACCACAUGUGAAAAAACCUGGGGAGAAAACCAAUGGAGAUAGUUCUGCAGCCGAGAUCAAGGAAAAGCUAAGCCAAUCCACGGAUGAUAUUUUUCUGGAUGCUCUGGAUAGCAUAACGAGUUCAGAUGAUUUUGAUGCCACCAGUUCCCAGGACUUGAAGAAGUCGCAGACAUCCGACGAGAAAACCGCUGAGGCUUCCAAGGAUAAAGUCAUUUCUCGUGAAAGUCCCACUUAUGCUCUAGAUGACAUUUCCUCAGAUGAGGAAAUUCUCAAAGAUAGGACCCCUGGUAAGGAUCCCUCAACUGUACAAGUCAUCGAUUUAGAUUCUUCGGAGGAGUGUAUUGUUUGCGAGGACGACCUAACAGAUAACAAAGAAACAGUUGCCGAUCUAGCUGAAGAUCAGAAAAAGGUUGAAGAUGAGAUUACUGAAGAUAAGGCCAAGGAGACCCUAGAAAAUACCAACUCAUUUGAGCCAAUGGACACUGACGCAGCAGCUAAAAAGAUAGCUGCCUCAGAAGAUACCCAGAAGCCAAAGGAUAAAGCUCAGACGGAGGAAACAAUGGAUACCACGAGUACCACUGAUGUGAUCGCAGUGGAAGUAACAGGAGAAACCCUCAAAGAUGCUGGCAAAGAGACGGAAAAGGAAGGAAAUGCAAAGGAAGACACAACUAGUGAAAAUAAAAAGGAGCCAACGACUAAUGGUGUUACAGAUAGCGAACUAGAGAUCCCACCCAAGACAUUGUCAUAUGGGAAGGACAUGGAAUUGGAAUUGUACAAGGGAAAAAAAUCCCCUGAAGGAGCUUUCAAAGAUGCAGACUCGGAUGACGAAGUCAUCUUCUUUGAACCUAUUGAAAAGCCCAAGGAUGCAGAAGAUCCUGCGGAGGUAAAGGAAAUUAAAUCAGAUGUGACUAACAAUAUGGAAAACGACAUCGUUUUGGUAUCCGAGGACGAAGAGGAGGAGCUACCUCCAAAGAAACCCCAAGAUAAGGGAACCCAGGGUUGCGAAAAAAAGUCCUCCUGCCCCACUCCAGAUGACAUACCAAUAGAGUCCACUGAAAGCAAAGAACUGCAAGCGGACAAUUCCGACAAUGCAUGCGAUCAGUUCGAGAAGCAGAAGCUGAAACCACACAAUAACAUAAAGACCACUGCCACGGAAGACGGGGACAGAAACUCGAGCAGCAAUCUGUUGUGUCCCGCUGAAGCUGUCGAACCAGUUGAGCCGAACAAUGUGGAGGCUAGCACCGUGGAGAAAACCAAUUCUGAUGUGGAGUCAGAGACGAAAGCUGAUGCAGAUGUGGGUGCGGAGCCAAAGCAGUCUCGACUGUCCACCGAUGGUAGCGAGACCGAACCCAUUUCCACUGUGGCCAAGCGUAGCCACGAUUCCUUAGACGCCAGCCCCGCGGAAAAGGAAGGAAACGAAGGCAUUCCCAGUAAGAAGCUCAGGACUGAUGAUUUCGAUUCAAGUAGCUCUAAUGAUGGCACACUUCAAAUUGAUUUGGAUGUACAGGACAAAGAGGUGGACUGCGAGUUGGUUAAGAAGGAAGAGCCAGUAAAUACAAAGGAACAAAAGGAGCUUAAAUUGCAGCUGAAACCAGAGCCAGAGCGCAAAAUAGACGUUAAGCCUCUGCGCCUUGAGUUCCUUAAGAGCUUUCGCAAGAGCUUUGACAACUUGACCCGCCAUCAUCUGGAAGAAUUCGUCCUCCAGAAGGUCGUGGAGGGUAUGAUGGUGAAAAGCGAGUUCGCGGAAAUCCGCUGCCAGCUGGACAAGUAUGAGAAGACGCUUGCCAUCUAUCGUCGCAGGCUUGCCGAAGUAUCCAAACAGUACCUCGACCUGGACACGGUGCACAAGCGGGUGCUGAAGGAUCUGGAGACCAAGAAUGCACAUUUCACGGCACCGGUAAGAAUUACACGAGCUGUUGGACUGCAAGUAGGCAUUCCUUUUAAGGUCAUGAAGCCGAGUGCAGCACCCAGUGCUGUAGAUCAGGCACUUGCUGCAGGCAGCAUGUUGGCGCCUCCUAGUAGCAAUCCUUCGAAGGCGAGCACAGCUCCUAUGCGUUCGCCGUUGCAGUCGAUGCGGGCAGCUAGCUCGGUCGCGAGUUCAAAUGCGCAGCAGCAACAGCAACAACAACAAAAUCAUCAAAAGCAGAACCAGCAGCAGCAACUGCCAACGCAACGCUCCUCCGUUUCCUACAAUCAGACUCCUGCCUCGACUGCCUCUACUGCUGCGCCUCCUGUACGCAGGGGAUGCAUGCGGAAGAUUACCCCACAGCGACCUGUGCCAGGAAACGUAUUGCCAGGAGCCCAGGUGAACAACCAGACCACAAUAAGUCGCUUACAGACCUCUGCCCCUGGACCUCAAAGGCUUAUGCAUGCCUCAAAGCACACAGGAAGCACUGCAUCGGCGGCUGCAAUGCGGAACAGUGGUCCAUAUACAACCCAAAAGCAACAAUAUCAAGCAACCCGCCCUGUUCCUGGUCCCAAUUCGGUCAAGCAGGGGCCAAAAUGUGCAACAAAUGUGCGCUCAAUGGGUCCUAAGGGAGCUAGUAUGGUUUCUGUACCCAUUUCCUCAACCAGCAGUGGAGGACCAGGUGGCAGUGCCGUCAAUUAUGGCCAACCCAACCUGGCUCCGGCCAAGCCGAAGGAGAAGGCCGUAAUUGAUCUCACAGAUGAAGACGAUGCUGCGGCAGCUAUGGCGGCUUCAGCUAAUGCUGCAGAGGGCCACGCACAUUCACGGCAAUCAUCCAACAUGGCCGUGAAGAGGAAUUCUCUGGGGGCAACAGUGUCUGAGACAAGAGCCUCGGGAUCAGGUCGUACACUUGCUAGUGGAAAUGCUGUGAGAUUGUCGCCCCUGCAAAUGACGAGAGCCAAUGCCAGACAAAUAGUCACCAAUAAUGGUGUAGGUCAGCGCCAUUCCCUUGGAUCGAAUGUGACGAUGCAGAUACGGUCGGAGAAUACGCCGCCUGCCGCCACUCGAUUAAGGUACUCGCAUCCAGCGCCGCUGCCAUCAUCGCCUGCACAGCCCUUCAAUCCCGCCUGGAAACUUCCGCCGUCGCGGCCUCUCAUACGCAUCAGCCUGAUGGAUACAGGCAUUGUCAUCUCCUGGAAUCUGGAGGAUGCGAGUAGUAAAUAUGCCGAAUGCGUAACGUAUCAGAUUUUUGCGUACCAAGAGACACUACAUGAGCGCAGCACCGACUCCUGGAGGCACGUGGGCGAUGUCAAAGCCAUGCUGUUGCCCAUGGCCGUCACGCUCAACCAGUUUCAAGAGAACCAACGCUACUAUUUCGCUGUGCGUGGCGUCGACGCUCAUCAGCGCUUCGGAUCGUUCAGCGUACCCAAAACCUGGUCGUAAUCGGGAUCAUAUUUUUUUUAUUUACCUAUAGUCCAUAGCUAUAAUGUAAUUUAAUUUAUUUAUGGUGGCAUUUCAGCUUCUUUUAAAAUUGUAAUUCCCACAUUUAUAUCUGCAUCGGGCCUAUCCGAUGAUGUUAAAAAUAGCCUGAAUAAUUAGCUCAUAUUUAAGCGCCCAUUUCUCAAUGUCAAGAUACAAUUUAACAGUCGUGUAAAACGAUAAGUAGCUACUCAAAUCCCAUCCCGAGGAAAUUGCGUUUUUCGGAUGACGUUUAUCUUGCCAUAAGGCCGGCCUAAGGUUUUUUUUUUUUUAAAUUGUAUAUUCAUGAUAUUAUUUAAUUUAGUUGUUCCCGAUAACUAAGUUCUAAACUUAGAUGAAAUAUUACAAACAUUGAAUAAAUACUAAAAGAGCAAAACUUCGAUCGAGAAAAGAA